CCGCAGUAGUAUAUGGUCAUGGCAGGGGCAUUCCUGGGAGUCCUGCGCAGUGACGCCGAGCCUUUAAACCUCGCUUCACGCUCACGCAGCUGCACAGCCCCACUCUGUCCACGACGCCACCCGCGCGUGACCACAGCCAAGCCAGCCGGAGGACAAAAGCAGACUAUUCUUCACUCUUCCUCCUGAGCCUCCUCUUUCUCUGAGAGUGUGAGCCCGCAGGAGUGACCUCGGGUCUGCAUGCGCGCCUCUUUACGCACAGCUCCGUGAAGCUCCCUCCCCGCGCGCUGGGCACUGCCCCUCCGCUUCCACUGCCCCGUUUCUCUUUUUUUUUUUCUGCCUUUCCUUCUCUUCCCACUGCGCUCGGUGCUAUAAAAGGCAUGUCCACGAUGAGCAACAACAGCUACUUGGAGCCCCAGCAGUUCUACCAGAGCACCGCGGACAUCGGCGAGGAGGAGGAGGAGGAGGAGAUGCCGGCCACCGAGAAGGACCUGGCCGAGGACGCCCCGUGGAAGAAGAUCCAGCAGAACACCUUCACUAGGUGGUGCAACGAGCACCUGAAGGUGAUCAACAAACGCAUCAACGACCUGCAGAAGGACCUGAGCGAUGGGCUAAAGUUAAUAGGGCUGCUGGAGGUGCUAAGCCAGAAAAAGAUGUACCGGAAGUACCACAGCAGACCCAACUUCAGGCAGAUGAAGCUGGAGAACGUGUCCGUAGCGCUGGAGUUCCUGGAAAGGGAGCACAUCAAGUUGGUCUCCAUCGACUCCAAAGCCAUCGUGGAUGGGAAUCUGAAGCUGAUCCUGGGUCUGAUCUGGACCCUGAUCCUCCACUACUCCAUCUCCAUGCCCAUGUGGGAGGACGAGGAUGACGAAGACGCCAAGAAACUGACUCCUAAACAGCGUCUGCUGGGCUGGAUCCAGAACAAGGUGCCCCAGCUCCCCAUCACCAACUUCCACCGAGACUGGAGGGACGGCAAGGCGCUGGGAGCUCUGGUGGACAACUGCGCCCCCGGUCUGUGUCCCGACUGGGAAACAUGGGAUCCCAGUCAGCCAGUGGAGAACGCCCGGGAAGCCAUGCAACAGGCUGACGAUUGGCUGGGAGUGCCACAGGUGAUUGCUCCUGAGGAGAUCGUCGAUCCUAAUGUGGAUGAGCACUCUGUGAUGACCUACCUGUCUCAGUUCCCUAAAGCCAAACUGAAGCCCGGUGCCCCCUUGAGGGCCAAAUCGCUACACCCCAAGAGGGCUAAGGCCUACGGACAGGGUAUCGAGCCUCGAGGUAACAUGGUUCUGAAACCAGCAGAGUUCCUGGUGGAGACGGUGGAGGCUGGACUGGGAGAAGUUCUAGUUUAUGUGGAGGAUCCAGAGGGACACACAGAAGAGGCCCGAGUCAUCCCCAACAACGACAAGAACCGAACCUACUCUGUGGUCUACCUGCCCAAAGUGGAGGGGCUUCAUAAAGUAAAGGUGUUGUUUGCUGGUCAGGACAUCGACAGAAGCCCCUUCAUUGUAAAUGUUUCAAAAGCCAUGGGCGACCCAACCAGAGUUCAGGCCCGCGGGCUGGGACUGCAGCCAACGGGAAAUGUGGCCAACAAACCUACAUACUUUGAUAUUUACACUGCAGGAGCGGGUGCUGGAGAUGUGGGCGUCAUCAUUGUGGACUCAAAUGGCCGCAGGGAUACAGUGGAGAUUGUCCUGGAGAACAGAGGCGACAGUGUAUUUCGGUGCACCUAUGUCCCUGUCCUGGAGGGACCUCACGUCGUCUGUGUGACUUUUGCUGGGCAGCAGAUUCCCAGAAGUCCUUUCACUGUCCACAUCUCCGAAGUUUCACAGAGUGUCCCUCCUCCUGGCUCUCCAGUGCAGAUUGUACCUCAGUCCAUACGCACCCCACCUACUGACAAGACCAGGAGAGCUCCUCCUCCAACACCACCCAAACCCAGGCGACCAACCUGUAACCCAAACGCCUGCAGAGCAUCUGGCAGAGGUCUGCAGCCGAAGGGUCUGAGAGUGAAAGAAUUGGCAGAUUUCAGAGUUUACACCAAAGGAGCCGGCAGCGGGGAGCUCAAAGUCACCGUAAAAGGACCAAAAGGCCUGGAGGAGUCUGUGAAUGUGCUUGAGAUGGAAAAUGGCCUGUAUGAGUGUAAUUAUUACCCCGUCAUGGCAGGAAAGUACAUCGUAACCGUCACUUGGGGCGGACACAGCAUCCCUCGCAGCCCAUUUGAAGUUUAUGUCAGUGAGGAGGCAGGGCUUCAGAAAGUGAGAGCCUGGGGUCCAGGUCUGGAGACCGGUAUGGUGGGGAAGAGUGCUGACUUUGUGGUGGAGGCCAUUGGAACUGAAGUGGGAACUCUCGGUUUCUCUAUCGAGGGGCCCUCCCAGGCUAAGAUUGAGUGUGAUGAUAAAGGCGAUGGAUCGUGUGAUGUUCGAUACUGGCCGACUGAACCAGGCGACUAUGCGGUCCAUGUUAUUUGUGAUGACGAGGACAUCAAGGACAGUCCCUUCAUGGCCCACAUCCUCCCUGCUGCCAGUGCCAUCUUCCCUGAGAAGGUGAAAUGUUACGGUCCAGGUCUGGAGCCUUUGGGCUGCAUUGUUAACAAACCUGCUGAUUUCACCAUUGAUACCCAUGGAGCUGGCAGAGGAGAGCUGAAGCUCUAUGCUCAGGAUUCAGAGGGUUUCCCCAUUGACGUCCAGAUCACAGAUAAUGGAGAUAGCACCUACUUCUGUGUUUACAUUCCCACAAAACCCAUCAAACACACCAUUAUCGUCACCUGGGGUGAAGUCAACGUCCCCAACAGCCCAUUCAGGGUGACUAUCGGAGAGGGCAGCCAUCCAGAGAAUGUGAAAGUUUACGGUCCAGGUGUGGAGAAGACAGGACUGAAGGCCAACGAGCCGACUUACUUCACUGUGGACUGCAGUGAAGCCGGACAGGGUGAUGUCAGCAUUGGCAUCAAGUGCGCUCCAGGUGUAGUCGGACCUGCCGAGGCUGACAUCGACUUUGACAUCAUCAAGAACGACAACGACACAUUCACAGUGAAGUACAUGCCUCCGGGUCCUGGACAGUACACCAUCAUGGUGCUGUUCGCUGAUCAGGAAAUCCCUAUUAGCCCCUUCAGAAUAAAGGUGGAUCCUUCCCAUGAUGCAGCCAAAGUCAGGGCAGAGGGACCUGGACUCAACAGGACAGGGGUGGAGGUGGGUAAGCCCACCCACUUCACCAUUUAUACAAAGGGAGCUGGUAAAGCCAAACCUGAGGUCCACUUCACCGGAGCAGCUAAAGGUGAUGCCGUCCGAGACUUUGAGAUCAUCGACAACCAUGACUACUCAUACACUGUCCGCUACACGGCGGUGCAGCAGGGGAGCAUGUCCAUCAUUGUGUGUCAUGGAGGAGACCCCAUCCCAAAAAGUCCAUUCACCAUCAUUGUGGCCCCCCCACUGGACCUCAACAAGGUCAAAGUUCAGGGACUGAACAACAAAGUAGAUGUUGGGAAGGAUCAGGAGUUCUCCAUCUGUACUCAAGGUGCUGGAGGUCAGGGCAAACUAGACGUGAAAAUCACCUCCCCUUCUCGUCGACCAAUCCCCUGCAAGGUAGAAUCGGGCACAGCUAAUGAGGUUCAUACAGUGAAGUACAUUCCUCCUGAGGAAGGACCAUACAGAGUGGACAUCAGCUACGAUGGGAACCCUGUCCCGGGAAGUCCAUUCACUGUGGAGGGCCUCAUGCCCCCUGAUCCUUCAAAGGUGCGAGCCUACGGUCCAGGCCUUCAGGGUGGUGUGGUAGGCAAACCAGCCCCCUUUGCCAUUGACACAAAGGGCGCUGGUACUGGUGGUCUGGGUCUGACGGUGGAGGGGCCGUGUGAGGCCAAGAUUGAAUGCCAAGACAAUGGUGAUGGAUCCUGCUCUGUGUCCUACCUGCCGACUGAGCCUGGUGAAUACGCCAUCAACAUCCUGUUUGCAGACCAGCACAUCCCCGGUUCCCCCUUCAAGGCUGUGGUCCAGUCAGUGUUUGACCCCAGCAAGGUGACAGCCAGCGGCCCCGGGCUGGAGCAAGGCAAGGUCAACGAGGCUGGAACCUUCACGGUGGACUGCUCCAAAGCCGGAGAGGAUGAGCUCACCAUCGAGAUCAUCUCUGACUCUGGGGCCAAAGCUGAAGUUCACAUUCAGAACAACAGUGAUGGGACCUACUCCAUCACAUAUAUACCCCAGUGCCACGGCAUGUACACCAUCACCAUUAAAUAUGGAGGACACAUGGUGCCAAAGUUCCCCAUUCGCUUGCAGGUGGACCCAGCUGUUGACACCAGUGGAGUGAAGGUCUAUGGACCAGGAGUGGAACCCAGAGGCGUCCUGAGGGAAGUAACCACUCAUUUCAUCGUGGACGCUCGAGCUCACUACAAGAGCGGUGGCAGCCAUAUCAAAACCUCGAUCUCAAAUCCGUCAGGCGCCAACACAGACUCCUACGUCACCGACAAGGGAGAUGGGACAUACAAAGUCGAGUACACACCGUACGAGGACGGUUUACAUCUGAUUGAAGUUCUUUUGGAUGACGUCUCGGUGCCAAAGAGUCCAUUCAGGGUGUCCGUGAGCGAGGGUUGUGAUCCCAGUCGAGUCCGAGCCUACGGUCCAGGUUUGGAGGAAGGACUGGUGAACAAACCAAACCGAUUCACUGUUGAGACCAGAGGUGCUGGCACUGGGGGACUUGGCCUGGCCAUUGAGGGUCCAUCAGAGGCAAAAAUGUCAUGUAAGGACAACAAAGAUGGCAGCUGCAGUGUGGAGUAUAUCCCCUUCACACCUGGAGAAUAUGAUGUCAAUAUCACCUUUGGAGGCUUACCGAUCCCAGGGAGUCCAUUCCGGGUCCCAGUGCGAGAGCUGGUCGAUCCCAGUAUGGUGAGGUGUUCAGGUCCUGGCCUUGGAAGUGGAGUCCGGGCUCAUGUUCCUCAGACUUUUACUGUAGACAGCAGCAAGGCAGGGGUGGCUCCCCUGUCAGUUCAGCUAUAUGGACCAACAGGUGUAGCUGAGCCACUCAACAUCACAGAUAAUGGUGAUGGCACUCACACGGUCAACUAUACUCCUGCCAACGAUGGCCCGUAUACGGUGUGCGUAAAGUAUGCCGACCAGGAAGUGCCCCGGAGUCCUUUUAAAAUCAAGACAUUACCGGCUCAUGAUGCUAGCAAAGUUCGAGCCAGCGGUCCCGGUCUGAAUGCAUCUGGGGUUCCAGCCAGCUUGCCAGUGGAGUUUACCAUUGAUGCCAGAGAUGCUGGAGAAGGACUGCUCACCGUCCAGAUUCUGGGUCCAGACGGCUACAGUCGUGAGGCUUCAUUGUUUGUGGAAGACUGGGGCAGGAGGGUGUGGGAGACUCACAUAGUAAAGAAAACCAUCCCCUUCAGUAUUCUUAGGAGAGGCUCUGAUCCAGAGGGAAAACCCAAGAAGGCGACCAUUCGAGACAACAGAGACGGGACGUACACAGUGUCCUACGUGCCGGACAUGGCGGGCCGCUACACCAUCACCAUCAAAUACGGAGGAGAUGAGAUCCCGUACUCACCUUACCGGAUCCACGCCCUGCCCACCGGAGACGCCAGCAAGUGUCUGGUCACAGUGUCGAUUGGAGGACACGGACUCGGUUCAGGAAUUGGACCAACCAUCCAGAUCGGAGAGGAAACAGUCAUCACCGUGGAUGCAAAGGCUGCAGGGAAAGGUAAAGUCACCUGUAAGGUGUCAACGCCGGACGGAGCAGAGCUGGAUGUGGACGUAGUGGAGAACGCAGAUGGGACAUUCGAUAUUUAUUACACGGCUCCAGAGCCAGGGAAGUACGUCAUCACCAUCCGCUUCGGAGGGGAACACAUUCCCAACAGCCCCUUCCAUGUCGUGGCAAGUGAUACCAUCCCAAUAAUAGAGGAACCAUGUGACAAGCUUCAGUUACAACAGCCCUACUCUCCCUAUGCGGCCUUCUCCCCUCAAUGGGCUACCGAUGAUCCCAUCAGCCCUGUGGAUGGGCUGGAGCCGAUGCUGCGUCCCUUCAGUCUGGUCAUUCCCUUUACGGUGCAGAAAGGAGAGAUCACAGGUGAAGUCCGCAUGCCUUCUGGUCGAAUGGCCCAACCUCACAUCACCGACAACAAGGACGGGACAGUUACUGUGAAGUACUCGCCAACUGAACGAGGCCUCCAUGAGAUGGACAUCAAAUACGAUGGCAACCACAUCCCAGGAAGUCCACUCCAGUUCUAUGUUGAUGCUAUUAACAGUGGUCAUGUGACAGCAUACGGUCCCGGCCUGAGCCACGGCACCAUGAACAGACCAGCCACUUUCACUAUAGUUACAGAAGAUGCUGGAGAAGGAGGUUUGUCUCUGGCAGUUGAAGGUCCAUCCAAAGCAGAGAUCAGCUGUAAAGACAACAAGGACGGGACAUGCACAGUGUCCUACCUGCCCACCGCACCUGGAGACUACAACAUCAUCGUCAAGUUUGAUGACAAACACAUCCCUGGCAGCCCCUUCACUGCCAAGAUUACUGGUGACGACUCUAUGAGAACAUCCCAGCUUAACGUUGGCACAGCAACAGAUGUUUCCUUAAAGAUUAUGGAGACGGACCUGAGCAGCCUGACCGCGACGAUCAGAGCUCCGUCAGGAAACGAGGAGCCCUGCCUGCUGAAGAGGCUGCCCAACAGACAUAUCGGAAUAUCCUUCACACCAAAGGAAGUUGGUGAACACAUGGUCAGUGUGAAGAAGAACGCGAAGCAUGUGACCAAUAGUCCGUUUAAGAUCAUGGUGGGUCAGUCAGAGAUCGGAGAUGCCAGCAAGGUGAAGGUUUACGGUCAGGGGCUGGUGGAGGGACACGUGUUCGAGGUGGCAGAGUUCAUUGUGGACACAAGGAAUGCAGGUUAUGGAGGUCUGGGUCUGUCCAUCGAGGGUCCCAGUAAGGUGGACAUCAACUGUGAGGACGUGGAGGACGGGACGUGUAAGGUCACCUACUGUCCCACAGAAUCAGGAAACUACAUCAUCAACAUCAAGUUCGCCGACCAGCAUGUGCCAGGAAGUCCGUUCACGGUGAAGGUGUUUGGUGAAGGUCGGAUGAAAGAGAGCAUCACCCGGAAACGUCAGGCACCCUCCAUUGCCACUGUGGGGAGCACGUGUGACCUCAACCUCAAAAUACCAGGAAACUGGUUUCAGAUGGUUUCGGCUCAGGAGCGUUUGACCCGGACAUUCACCCGCAGCAGCCACACCUACACCCGGACCGAGCGGACGGAGAUCAGCAAAACCCGAGCUGGAGAGACCAAGAGGGAGGUGCGGGUGGAGGAGAGCACGCAGGUCGGAGGAGAUCCCUUUAGAGACGUAUUUGGAGAUUUUCUAGGGCGAGAGAGUCUUAGUGGCUUCAGCGGGAUGCCGACCGGCAGCCGACAGCCACUUCAGAACGGUGAGGCAGCUAACCAGGAGAUGACGGCUCAGGUGACGAGUCCUGGAGGAAAAACAGAGGACGCAGAGAUCAUUAAAGGAGAGGAGAGCACCUACAGCGUCCGCUUCAUCCCUCAGGAGAUGGGACCUCACACUGUCAACGUCAAAUACCGGGGCCAGCACGUCCCUGGGAGUCCCUUCCAGUUCACUGUGGGGCCCCUGGGAGAAGGAGGGGCCCACAAGGUCAGAGCAGGAGGCACUGGACUGGACCGCGGAGUGGCAGGAAUCCCAGCGGAGUUCAGUAUCUGGACCAGAGAGGCUGGUGCUGGAGGUCUCUCUAUUGCUGUAGAAGGACCCAGCAAGGCUGAGAUAACAUUUGAAGACAGGAAAGACGGAUCCUGUGGAGUAAUUUACGUAGUGCAGGAACCUGGUAACAAGACAAAUUCCUUAUUUGUGUGAAAAUUUGACAAUAAACAUCAUUAGGAUUCUAACUGCUUGUUGAACACUUUUAAUCUCCAUGGUCCAAAGCACUGAAUCCCUUUUCUUUACCAGGAGAUGGGUCUGAAGGUGGGUCAGGAGGCCUCCUUUGCAGUGCAGCUCAAUGGAGCAAGAGGGCUGAUUGAUGCCAAGAUCCACACGCCAUCAGGAGCCACCGAAGAGUGUUACAUCACUGAGCUGGACAGCGAUCAGCAUGCUAUAAGGUUCAUCCCAAAGGAGAAUGGAGUUCAUUCUAUAGACGUUCGUUUUAAUGGCAGCCAUGUCCCCGGCAGUCCCUUCAAGAUCCGAGUAGGAGAACCGGGUCAGGUCGGAGAUCCAGGAAUGGUGUCUGCAUUUGGGUCAGGUCUGGAGGGAGGAACCACAGGCAUGGCAUCAGAGUUUAUUGUCAAUACUUGUAACGCCGGCUCAGGAGCACUGUCCGUGACAAUUGAUGGCCCAUCAAAGGUUAAGAUGGAUUGUCAGGAGUCUCCUGAGGGGUAUAAGGUUUCCUACACACCUAUGGCUCCUGGAAGCUACCUGAUCUCCAUCAAGUAUGGAGGACCCCAGCACAUUGUAGGCAGCCCUUUCAAGGCCAAAGUAUCAGGACCUCGUCUGUCAGGUGGCCACAGUUUGCAUGAGACGUCGUCUGUUCUUGUGGAGACCGUCAGCAAGUCAGUAGCGAUGGGCAGCCCUUUUGCCUCUUUGCCUAAAUUUUCCUCAGAUGCCAGUAAAGUCAUCUCCAGAGGCGCCGGCCUUUCAAAGGCCUUCAUUGGUCAGAAGAACACCUUCACAGUCGACUGCAGUAAAGCAGGUGACCAUUUCGUCCCUCCUGUCUUCCGUGAAAGUCAAAUCUGA